GUAGUUUCCCCCGCUUUUCUAUUUGUCUUUGCUUUGGUUUAGUUUCUCGUGACGCAUCACUCCUUUCUUCUCAUCCAAUUGUACUUUAGCAGGUCCUAAACCAGAACUCGAGCUGCCUUCUUCGUCGUUCCCUCUCCUUGUGUCGCCCGUGUUGUUACGAGUAUGGACGAGUUUUCGUACGAGCAUAGCAUGCUCUUGCAGCAGCAACAGGCUGCCGCAGCCGCGCAACGGCACUAUGGCAAUGCCGGACCCGACCUUGGCUUUUACGGCGGCGCGCGAGGCAUGCCAGGACAGCUUGCCCAGCACCGGUUUAUGCAACCGCAGGCAGGCGCAGCGCCACAGCAGCAACAGCAGCAGCAGCAGCCGGCCACCCGGUUCAAGCAGCUCAACAUCAUCGACCCACACACUGGGCAGCUCAUCAAUCACGACCGCGGCGCCGCUGCAGGGUACAUGGGCACGCCGCCCGCAAAUCCAUUGAUUGGCGGUGGCGCCAACGCCGCCUCCAGCAUGGGCAACCAGCAAAUGUAUGGCGGGGCCAACGCCGAGCUGAUGUCACUGAUCAAUCAGCAAAAGCAAAAGCAGCAACUGGAUGCUGCUGCUGCGGCUGCCGCUGCUGCUGCUGGUGCAUCGUCGAUGAAUCCGAACGAGUUUCCGAUGCUUGGCCGCGGUCUAGGCGCCAGCGCAGGUCCUGCCGGUCCUGCCAACGCGCGCGCCACUCCAUUACUUGCCAACUACAAUGAGGAUUUCCCCGCAUUGCCUGGGCAGAAGCUGUCGGAUUCGGACCGCGGCUUUGCUAUGGCACACUACAUGCAAGACAAUGGGUUAUUCGGUGGCAUGGGCUCGUCGUCUCUGAUGGGCUCUGACGGCAAGUCUGACUCGCUGUACGACUUUGAAAUCCCUUCAGCGGACUUGGCCUCGACGCUGACGGCCGCCGACUUUUACGAUCACGCCGCACCACAAUCGUCACACGAUAUUGGGAAUAUUUCCGGACACUCUGGCCUCGCCGCGUUGGGAGGCGAGAUUGUUGCUCCCAACGGUCUCGACGACCCGAAGAAUCGCUCCUCUGCGGCAGUCGGCGCUGCUCCAGGCGCUGGUGUUGUUGGCGCUUCCGAUCCAAAGUACAAGCAGCCCGCCAAAAAGCUGAGCACUGGCGAUGCUCAGGCGGACGUGUUUGGCUUGUUGGGACUCUUGCGCAUCGUCCAGCAGCAAAAUCCCGACUUGAAUUUGCUUGCGUUUGGUGCCGAUUUGACCGGUCUUGGGUUGAAUCUCAAUUCGCAAGAAACUCUGUCAAACAACUUCAUGGCCCCAUGGCCGGAAUCGCACCGAAAAGAACCCGAAUUCGAGUUGCCGCCAUGUUACCGCUCAACACCGCCAGUUUCCUUCCCGCCGCAGAAAAUUCCGCUCUUGUCCGACGAAGCGCUCUUCUAUAUCUUCUACAGCAGUCCGCGCGACUUGGUGCAAGAGGCCGCGUCCAUGGAGCUGCAAAAACGCGAAUGGCGCUUCCUGAAGGAUGCCAAGAUUUGGUUUCAACGUGUGCCAGGCCACGAGUCGACCAAGUUGCCUCAAGGCGAGAAGUGCUUUUGCACAGUGUUUGAUCCCAACACUUGGGAGAAGGUCUCCAAGAUGUUGGUGAUUGACUACGAGCACAUUGAGCCAUUCCGGCAUCCCGGCCCACAAGCUUGAAGCGCUCCUUGCUUCUUGCUUGAGCUUCGUUUCUUCUUCUUUUCGUUGCACAACAAACAACAUUGUAUUUUCUCUUCCUGUCUCUUCCCUCUGCCCCCCCCUUUUAUGGUUGAUUUUGUGUUUGUCUCGCUGGUGUUCCAAUUUAAGCUGGUCGAUUUGAGUAACAAUCCGUGCCUCC